ACUUGACAUGGUUAGACUCGUUCAUGUGCGCACCAGGCAAAGUUACGAUGCAGCUGGUUAAACUCCGAGCUGGAUUCGCUUCACUCCGCCAAUUAGCUCCUGCGGAUGACACUGGAGCAGAAUCUUGCGCUGUCGAUGUCAGAGCGAGCGGGUUUGGGUGUUGCCAAGCAUUGGCCGAUACUCAUGUCGCGAGUGUUUCAUGUGUAGGAAUUCUGGAAUUUAGGUGGAGAUAAUCAUGGAAUCUGUCGUGGUUGACAGAAUGGAUGUUGUUGACGGAAGAUUUGGCUGGUUGAGAUUGCAGACAACCCCAUCCAGGCGUAGCUGGUAUCAGGCUUCUCUGUACGCAAGGUUGUGGAUCAGCGAUCACAGAAAGGCCAGGACCUGGUUGAUGAGCUUCACAUGGUUUAGUAGUUCCCUGAAGGUGAGUUAGUGCGGAAAUUCUGGAGGCUGUCGCGAAGCCCGAUGAAGAUAAUUGGGUGAUGGCGUCGUUUUGACAUGACUUGUGUCGGUGAGACGCGUCGUGGUGACAUUACACCAUGUUUUGUACAGAGGAUGCCAUUCUGGCUUUGGUUCGCGCGUAUACUUGGUGCGUGAUUAUUGAAAUACCUGUUUCUGAACAACCACAUGGUGUAUCAGUGCGGGUGUGAGCAAGAAUGAGGGAGAAAGAGAGAGAAAAAUUCGGAGUGCUCUUUCAGGAAAGUAGUACUCAGAGAUCUUCGUCUAGGACUGUAUUUGCUGGAGUGGUCAGUCAACAAGGUGUUUACCAGCCGACAGCUGAGAGGUUGCGUGAGCGAGUAAUUUCCCUGGCCUGCUUCCGUGCCGAGUGUGUGUAUAACUGGGACGCACCACGAUUGAUCCAGCGAUGAGCGAAAUGUGUGAUAUGAAAUCUUGUUUGUUGCAGUGGACUGUGCAGUUGCUUGUUCUGGAAGUGCUUGAUGAAGGGAAGUCACGGGGUCGGAAAUAUUGGUUUGAGUGGUAACGUAGAAAAUCCUCACACCAAAGCAUGUGUUGUGUGCCUGACUGUGGAUAAGAUACUUGGAGCCGAGGCUAUACUGUAUUCGGUUACUUUGGAUUCGAAAAUCGGAACUCCGCAUCGUGACGUGCUACGUGAUUGCUCAAUUUUUUAAGAAAUCGCAAACAAGCUCCGUUUACUCUGACCAAGUUCCCUCGUCUCUCUGAAUUGAAAUGAAUGGAUUAGUGGCUAAUGAAUCACCCCACACUGUAUUAAUCACUUUACUCUUGACCUCACAGUGACACAGGCAGAGAAUAGGAAGGAUGUUGAAGAGAAGUUUGUGAUAAUUAAGCAAAUUCACAGUACUAAUCGUUAUCUGUAACCCAGGUAUUCAAUAUGAGCGAUCCACUCAUGCUGCAAUUCAGGAAUAGGACAACAAGCAACACACUGCUAAGGAAGAAAACGAGUGCUCUUGAACGUAUUUUGGUGAUAGUUAGAGACUAAGUAAGGGUAUUAUGCGAAAUCGUCUCCCAUCGCUAUCGCUCAGAAGGGAUUUCAAUCAUUUUGGAAAGAGGACCACCUAUUUUUAUUCAGAUGGCUUUGAAACAAACUCUAAAGAAGCAGGAGUCGAGAGGGUGUGGAAGUGGGAACUUGUGGAGGAGGAUUAAUAAUAGCUAUGCCUUCAGAAUUUCGGUGCUUGCUGCUUGUGGCGUGGGAGUACUCCUGUUGUGCUUCACUUAUGUAGACCUAAAGCCAUUUUGCGACAAAAUUGGCAAGGAGCCUGUCGUGUUCCAGAAGGAUCCAGGUAUCGAUACACUGGCCACCUACGGUUUGGAAGAGGACUCCAGCUUGCGAGCGGCAACCCCGCCGGAAAUGAAUGUUGACUCAGGUGAUGGUGGUGCGCCAGAAGUGGAAGCCGAUGGUUCAUCUGAGAAAGUUAGGAAAACUGCGAAAGCUUUUGCGGUGAAGGAAAACGGUACUGAAUCAUCCGUGAUCGUAGGAGAAGCACAUGUCUCUGGACUCGACAAUGAUUGGGUCAAAUCUGAUGCUCGGGUUUCGGAGGACAAGGACUCUCGAAAUGAAGCUUUGGCCGGACCAGGUGUUACAGAGACCAGAGGCAGAGAUCGCAGGGCUUUAGCUGGUUGUGACAUCGCCCACGGUAAAUGGGUAUAUGACGAAACAUAUCCAUUGUACAGGUCUAGAAAUUGCCCUUUCGUAGAUCCUGGAUUUCGGUGUGAGGAAAACGGUCGACCCGACACUGACUACAUGAAAUACCGGUGGCAACCGAAUGACUGUGAUUUGCCAAGCUUCGACUCCCAGGACAUGUUGGAAAAGUUGCGGGAUCAACGACUCGUCUUUGUGGGGGAUUCAUUGGGGCGAAACCAAUGGGAGUCCAUGUUGUGCAUGCUUGCGGAAGGCGUGCAAAACAAAUCACGAAUUUACGAGAUUAAUGGCCACCCCAUAAGUAAGCACGUUGGUGAGCUGGUCUUCCGAUUCCAAGACUACAAUUGUACUGUGGAGUAUUACAGGGACCCUUUUCUUGUUCCACAAACACGUCCUCCUCCGAAUGCUCCAGAUAAUGUGACAAACGUACUUCACAUUGACCAAGUCUCAUGGACUGCCAACAUGUGGCCAGGCGCCAGCAUCUUGGUAUUCAAUUCAGGUCACUGGUGGUCAUGGGAGAAGAUAGGGCGCCAAGGAGGAUCAUGGAACACGGGAGGUCAGUGUCACGAAGAGGUCAAGCCACUGAGCGACGAAGAGGUACAGAAAAUGCAGCCUGUACCUUGGACCAAUAAGUACAUUGAGCAAACUAUAAAAGAGAACAUUAAGACGAAGAAGGGUGUUGUCGAGUUCAUGGAUGUCACAACGUCCACAGACUACAGGUCGGAUGGACACUCAGGAUUGUAUGCAAACGAUGUCUUAGUGAUGGGACCUACUCCAAUGAAUCGUCAAGAUUGCAGCCAUUUCUGCUUGCCCGGAGUUCCUGACACAUGGAACGAACUUUUAUAUGCAACUUUGCUCGCCAGGGGUCAAGGUGUUUGGGGAGCACCUGAGAGGUAAUUCUUUUUUCAUCCCGAACGAUGUAGAGAUUGUUCGUGGAAAGCAAAGAAUAAUCUAGCAGCUGAAGAAGCGAACAUCUCAAGAAUACUUGAGUCUUUGUACCUUGAAUCAGUUUUCUUUAGAAGUUCUCCCCCCUGCUUAUUGAUUGCACUAAGUUGAGCACAAGCACUUAUCAACUGUCUAGGUUACUGGUAGUAUUGAUGCAACAUGAGAGCCAUGUGGGACCAUUUAGUGUAUUCUUUCGAUUCGGUUAAGAAUUGAUGAGGAAGGCAACAUUCCAUGCGAUAUUUUUCGGCGUAA